CUCUUGUUUGACUCAAUUGACUGAAGGGCCGCUUGUGAAGGGGGUUCCCCGACAUUUACGCGGCAAAAAGGCCUUACUUUAUAAGUUGGGAGUCUACCACUUAAAACACUAGUCUUAAACCGACAGGAGUAAAGCUUAAGCGAUGGAGAGCAGUGCGUAUGAAAGAUUUGAUAUUCCAUUAACGUUUGCGAAGUGCGGGUUAUUAGAAAGACAGAGUGUUUCGGUGGCUUCUAUUUGCAAUGGCUGGCCAGCCGCAAGUAAAGUCGACGUGAAGCGAGAGUUGAAGACUUGCAUUAAAACCAAAUGCGAAGAAAUGGGUAUCCAGCUACCUAAGGUAGAAUACAAACGGCCACCAACUCCACAGCCCCGUCCACCAGAGAAACCGGAAGUGGUUGAACAGAGAAGAAGGCAAAAUAAGUUCGCAGCUAUGAAGUCUCGGAAGAAAAGAACAGAGCGCAUCAACCGAUUAAGACAAAAAACCAGAAAAUAUGAAGAAUCUAUAAGGAAGCAUGGAAUGGUAGUUAAGAAAUUAAGGGAAGAGGCUGAACAACUGAAACAAUACCUAAUAAGUCAUAAUUGUUGUAAGAAUAAAAAAGCAAGCAUGGGUAAAGCAACUACCUCAACUUAUAAUCCAUGCUUUAAUGUAUCAUGGCUUCCUCAUCAACAGCAACAACAGAUACAAAUGGGAGAAACAUCAUUUGACAGAGAAUUGAACAACAUUUUUACAAACCUGUAUUAAUUAAGCAUAGGUUUCUAAACAAUUUCUACUGUAUCAGUAAGGUGCAUACUAUUGAUUUUGUAUCUCUAUCAAAUAGAUUUAACCAAUUAUCUACUGUAUUUUGAUACUGUAUCAGUGAAUUAAGUGAAAAGUCUUACUGUGAAGUUGGAUACGUUUCUGUAAUUCCAAUAGAGCAAGGCCAUGGUUUAUCAAUAAAAUCACCAUGUGAUUUGCUACACAGUGUGACUGGGUCACAUAAUUGAAUUCUAUGAAUGCAAGGAAUGUCAACAAUAAAAAACUUAUUGAUUGAA